AUGGAAUACCUCCUCCUCAUCUUCCGCAAAUGGCCCGAAACAGGAACAUACUGGCUCAUCAACAGACCGGGCCUUCCUGUGUCAAGAAACUCGCCUCUCAUACAUAAUACCCCGGCCGAUCCAAUGCUCAUCCCUGAUCUCCUGGCGUCGCUUACUGAGACUUUGACGAGUGAUUUGGCGGUUUACAGUGGGUAUCAGUUCAUGAAUACCUGGUCUACGACAACCCCUGAGUCAAAACCAAAACCAACAGACUACUUUGUCCUCCUUGAACGUCACACUCCCACAAACAAGCCCAAGCCCCAAACUCAGAAUCAAGACGAAGCAGAAGCAAAAUCGCAAGUCGACGCCCGAAGCGAAAGCCCCAAACGCCGAGACACCAUACGAUGUCAAGAGACAUGUCGCGCGUAA